AUGUCCCUUUCUUCCAGCCGCUCGAAACCGCUGCCCAACCGGAGCGUCAACAGUCUCAGAAAUGGAGGAAGAGCCUCCACAGACUCCUCCAGGGUUCGCCGGAAAUCCAUAAGUGUAAACGAUGCCUACCUAUAUGCUUUGCGAGUGGCCUACCUGUCGUACUUGCUACAGCCCCGUAAAACCAGAAAGAAACAUGUCGAAACCCGGCCCACAGUCGUCCGCACUGGCACUUCCCAUUCCUUCAACGACCUCAUGAAAGAUUUCACCAUGGUUCGAGAUGCAAAGAGCGCAAGAUUUCCUCAUGACUUUAUCAAAGAGCUGGAAAAGAGGCUACAAGGUAUCCUCGUGGGCAAGGAGAGGCGGCAAGAAUACCAUGACGCUGUAGUUAAGAGGGUCUUCGCCAUAUUCCUCAACACCCUGUCCGAUCCGUCUUUCAAAAAGCGUAUGGAGGCUGAUCGGAGGGCUGAAGAUCUCGUUCUCAUCUUCUUCUCCACAGCGACCAAGGAGUUACAAAAGGGCCACCCUGCCGGAGAUGAUGCUGUCAAGCGCAUGGUUGAUCGGCACGUCGCCCUUUUCGUUCGCCUCCUUUCUCUGAUCCUCAAGGAUCGUGACUGGGCCAAGGACAAACCUGACUUGGCUGCUCGAUUACAAACUCUGGAGUCCAAGUUGCUGAAGGGUGACGAGAAUCUGGCCACGUCGCAAGCAAAUGGAGAAUGGACCACCAUCGAGGAGGUGGUGCCUCUGAGCUAUGAGGUCAAGGACAUGCCUCUGGUGCAGGUGGUCGGCCGCAUCUUUGGCCUGACCAAUACUAUGCUACAGUCAGACAUUACCAAGAACAAGCCGGUCUGGACAGAAAAGGCAGCCCUUCAGGAUCUGAAGACUUACCAACAGCACCUCACUCUGGGGACGAAGUUGACUCUGAAUUCCCAUGACUUCGAUACGCAAGAAGCAUACGAGAGCUGGAAACGAAGUGAAGGGCCAGACUUAUCCCAGCUGAUGCUCGCCAUCAUACAGUCCAACCCCGACUUGGCCAAAAGCACUCCGGGCGGUGUCUUGCCCCAGUUUAACCCCCAGGGUGAGCCCUCGAGUCCCUCGGAUUCUCAAUAUGCCGAGCUUUCCAGAGCCAUCUCGCAAUCUGGAGACUCUUCUUCCUACGUCUUAGAUCUGCCGGUGGAUCUCAGCGCCCUUCAACUGGGUUCGGGCGAUUCCUCCCAGUAUAACGACAAUGCAGCCCAAGUCUAUACUUUUAUACCUGCCGACCCCAGAGCCAUGUUUCGAUUUAUAAUGCUUCAAGCCCUUAAUCAUGACCUUAACGAUCAGAUGAAUGGAAGUGCUAACGGUCCAGAAGGGGGCCGCCUAUUUUCCAAAGAGACAACGGAGCUGUUGAAUGAAAUUGCUUUGAGAUGGCGGAUACCCAAAUUCACUCGCAUUGUCCUCUUUCUGGAUGUCGUUCGUGAGAAAUUUCUUGAAAACCAGCUCAGUCUGGAAAUGCUCGACGCUGCCUUCAACUACGUCAAGGAGCCGUUGCAGGAUGACAACAAGAACAAGAGGAGCUCGUUGAUCAUGAGCACUACCUUGUAUGAUCGAAAUAAUUGGACCGUCGCCGACUUUGCCUUAAUGGGCAGACUCCUCAAUGCCAUCUAUGAGUCGUUACUUCGGGAUCUGUAUGAAGUCAUUAUGACAUCCUACGCCGACAAAGCUCAAUUGCCAAAACUGGGCGUCAUUAUGGCAGUCAUAGAUGAGCAUAUUCGAAGCGACCCAAAUUUCAACCAGAGUCCUGAAGAUUUCGAAAACUUCAAGAGUGCUGCCAUUGACGGCUUAGCGACCGAGGCACGCAAGAUUUACGACGCUCUUCUAGAUCGCCAACUUCCCCAGGAAAAUGAAAAGUGGGAAUUUUAUCACAUCCAGCAAUUGGCAAAGGCGGUAUUGAAACUGGCAGAAAAGGUGCAAAAGAGGUUCAGAAAGAAUCCAGAAAUUCUCGGCAUCAAUCCAUUGAUGAUUUUGGUCAAUUGUACUCUACCGGCGUUCGCUGAGGACUCGAAAGCUAUGGUGGAGCAAAUUCUAAAUGUUGCCCAAAGAGAGGGAUUUGAGGUGACCAUUCAGGACGGGUUUGAUUUGUACAAGGAGUUGAGCGAAUUCCGUCGUGUCCACGCCGAUGCUUUACCGCAUGUCCCUUUCCCCUAUAAAAUUGAGGAUCUGCUGGCUGACUUCGUCUGGCGAUGGAUCAAGACGACUGAGACGCAAGUGAUUGGCUGGGUCGAAAAUGCAGUCAAGCAUGAUGAGUUCAAGGUCAGGACGCAAGUCCCAGACCAAACACCCACCGAGGGCGAACGCCACUCAACUUCUGUUCUUGACAUUUUCAGCUCUUUCAAUCAAGUCAUAAACCAAGUUAGCGAACUCAAUUGGGACGACGACUUCAGUUACGCCAAGUUUAUGACGGCCCUUUCGAAGGCCAUCGGCCAAGGUGUGUCGAGGUAUUGUGAAUUGCUCGACCAGAUGUUCAGUAAAGAAAUGGACAGAUUGACUCCUGAACAAGAAGCUGCUGCGAACAUGACGAGACAGGAGAAGUGGGUUCAACUUGCGAAAGACACCUGGAACCAAAAAGAGAGGGUUGAGCCUUUUAAUUUCUACCCAGAAUCAUUUGUCAAACUCAACGACACAUUGUUCGCCAUUCAACAAUGGGACAAACUUGAGACCGAGGUCAACGUUGAUGCUUGUGCCGAAGUCAUCAAAAAGCAUGCUCCACCAUUAGCACAACGGCACAAAAAGACGACGAAUUAUGUCUUCACCAUCAAAAUCGUGGAGGCUGAGGAUCUCAAACCUUGCGAUGUCAAUGGAUUCAGCGAUCCGUAUGUUGUCUUGACGGACGAAUACCAGAAGAGGUUGUUCAAGAGCAGGAUCGUCUAUCGAAAUUUGAAUCCACGAUGGGACGAAUCAGUAGACAUAACUACACAAGGACCCCUCAAUCUCAUUGCGACAAUCUGGGACUGGGACGCCAUGGGUGAUCACGAUUAUGUGGGAAGGACUUCACUCAAACUGGAUCCUUCACACUUUAGCGAUUUCUUACCUCGAGAAUACUGGCUAGAUCUUGAUACCCAAGGGCGAGUCAUGGUUCGUGUCAGCAUGGAAGGAGAGCGGGACGAUAUUCAAUUCUACUUCGGCAAGGCCUUCAGAAGUCUUCAGCGAACUCAACGGGAUAUGACGCGAAAGAUCACCGACAAACUUUCGGCAUACAUCAACCAUUGUCUCUCUCGACGAGCACUCAGGUCUCUCCUGAAUCGGGGCAUCUCUAUGGCAAAUGUGUCCGCCAAUGUGUCGUCAUUUUUUGCGCGGAACCGAGCAUCGAUCGCUCCCACCACUACCAUACCGACCGACGCCGAGAUUGUCAAUGCCCUCAAACCACUCUUCGACUACUUCGACGACAACUUCGCCAUCAUGCAACAAACACUGACGUCGGAAGCAAUGAAGGCAGUCAUGACACGCAUUUGGAAAGAAGUUCUCGUCACAGUGGAAGCUCUCCUCGUCCCGCCUCUAUCGGACAAACCUUCGCAACAAAAAGCCCUAACACAACAAGAGCUCGACAUCGUCUUCAAGUGGUUGCAAUCUCUCCUUGAAUUCUUCAACGCCGUGGAUGAAGACACUGGAGAAGCAAAUGGCGUGCCUCUCAACGUAUUAAAGAGCCCGAAGUACCACGAAUUGCAGAUGCUCAAUUUCUUCUACUUCGAACCCACGGAAUCUCUCAUCCGCGAGUCCGAAAGGAUGGCUAGCGCAACGGCUGCAAGUCAACAAAUGCAUCGCUCCAGGUUCUCUGCUCCCGCUAAUCUAAGCAAUUACUUGGGAGCGGGCGGCCUCCUCGACCCCGGCAAUCUCAUGGGAGCGCGCAGGGCGAAGAGCAUUUUGCUCUCUCGCAAUCUCGGCACGAAACGCAAAGCCAAAGAAGAAAAAUGGAAAGCCGCUCAAGCAGAACCGAACGAUGACAUGAUUCUGAGGAUUCUAAGGAUGAGACCUGAGGCAGCUGGGUAUUUGAGGGAUCGGAGCAGGCAGAAAGAAAGGCUUGCGGCUGCGGCUGCGGCCGAGAUGAUUGUGAGACAGAGUCUUCUGAGUGGAGGUGGAAGGAUGACAGGACCUUCAGUGAUACGGAGGUAG